UUUUUCAAAAUCUAUAUAAGCACCCGCACCGCAGUUUCUCUGUAAUUUUUCGAGAGAGCGCAGCGGCGCGCGCUGUUUUUCGGUUGCAAUUAAAAAAUAUUAAAGAAACAUCCAUAUUUCUUUAAUGCCUGCGGAGUUGCGGCAUUCGAACAAAUGUUUUAAAGCAAACGAAAAAAAAUUCGACGUGAUAGUGUGUUUCUGUUCGCCCGCAUGAAGUAAUUGCGAUGUAUAUUAUGAUUUAGUGAAUAUAUAUCGAUUUAAUUAAUAUUUAAACUUGUUGUUUUCCGCGAGUGGGCGCGUUUUGUUACCAAGCCGCUCUUCGAUUUUCGUUUUUCCGACUUUCCUGCGCGCCGAACGGGUUUUUCAACGCAGCCUUGCUGUCUUUUUCCUCUCGAGCAGCAGAAACAAGGCUGAAAAACUAAAUAUCAAGCGACGAUUUGCGGGAAAUGAAUCGAUGUGCGGCUAUUAACUUUUAAUUCGCAGAUUCAUCAUCGAUUUUUCCUUUCAACUCAGCUGCAGUGCGCUAGUGUUGGUGUACGUGCGCGUGUGUAAGUGUGAGUGAGUCCUGACAAUACAAAUAAGCCGUUGUGUUAGGUAAACGAAACAACAAAAGCAAGUGAGCAAGACAGGGAGAGAGAGAGGAAACAGCAGGACGAUACCGAGUCCUUGAGCGAUCAUUCGUGCUCUUCUUCUUCUCCAGCUGCAGCUGUCACGAAAAUUCGCGCGUGCACGUGUGUGUAUGUGUGUGUGCGUGUGUGGGAGAGGGGAGAACACCGGAGUUAAUAAUUUCUCUCCAUUUCGCAGUGUUUGUGCAUUCAAUUUGCACAAAGUUGAAGCGACUCGCUAAAUUCGCAAAAUUUCCGUCCGCGAAUUGCCAUCCAUUAUUUUGCACUCCCCCCAAGAGAGCGAGAGCAAUAAUAGAAUUAUCAGGCAAAACGACAAAAAAAAAUACAAUCGAAAAGAGAAUGCCCUGGGAGGCCGUAAUACCGCGACCCUCUGACAUUUCCAUCGUCGCCCACCAAAGGAACAACAACUAAGCAGCAAGCACAGCAAACACAGCAACAAUCCGACAAACAAACAAAACAGCAAACGAGCGAAUCAACGAACGAAACUCCAGCAGCUUCAACCGCUGGCACAGUUUUCCUCCUUCAGCACCAACUCCGUGGGCGACUAGUGGUCGGCCAUGUCCGCCACUCUCUUCGAGAUGGAAUCGCGAGCGGAGGAACCGCAGCAAACAGUCUGCCUGGAGGAGCAGCAGCUGGUUGUGGGGAUGACCAGCUUGGAGCUGAGUGAAUCAGUUGUCACCCCGGGCAAUUGCGAUGGCAGCGACAGUGGCUUGGAUGUGGCCAGUUGUUGCCAUUCGAGAGUCACCUUGCAACGUGGCCUGAGCAGCACCAGCGGGGGCUACACCAGUAGCAAUGGUCUGGAGGAGAUCUACGACAGCUGCGAACUGAAAGUGAGCACGGUGGCCCUGACUGCUAGUGAAACGGGCAGUGAAAAGACAUCGCCGCCGAGGAGAACGGGUUCGGUGAAGAAGAAAGUGGCGAUGUUUGAGCCGGAGGCAACAGGUACUCCUGCCAAGGAUCAAUUGCGUGGCCGGGUGGCCAACCUAAAGAGAGCGGAGAGCCUGCCCAGAAACAGUGCCGCACCAGGCACUCCUGGCACACCCUCCACUCACAGGGAUAAGGCGCGCCUUUCGACCUCCUCAUUUCGAGUGCCCAGUGCCACGGCCACACCCACUUCCACCCGCCUGGCACGUCCGCAGAAACCGGAUACGCUGCCCAAUGCCCUGAAUCGGGCGCAGUCUGUCCAACGGCUCACCCAGGUGCAGAGAACUCCAUCGCUGAGUCGAGCCAGGACACCGGGCACGCCCUCCGACGAUGGUCGCUGGCCGGCGAAUCGAGGAGCAGCUCGUCGCGGAAUGUCAGUGACUCCGGAAGUUACGGCAAAUCGAAUGCGAGGAAGUCCUGCACCCGGCGGAACACUACCUCGGCGCCGGAAACAGCAGUCCGUGGAGGAUCUCACUGGGGGCCGACUAUCGAGGAGCAACUCCAUCAGCCGUGCAGCAGUCGUGGAUGCCCGCAUGACUUCCUCGGUAAUGGUGGUUCCUACGAGUCGUAGAAGCUUGGCUCCCGCCACCGCUAAGGUCAAUUCACUGAGAAGACCACAACCGGCAACGCCCAGAACACGAAUCUAUCACGAGACUGCAGUGCAAACGGCACUGACCAGUGAGGACUUGGAGCAAGUCCUGGGCGGCGGACUACUGCAAACUCGAGCCCUGGACGCCGUGGAGCAGCGGCAUCAAAGCACCCAAGCGGAGCCAGACCAAAGGGAAUUCGAGCUGGAGCAACUGCGUCAGGAGGUGCGCCAACUCAGUGGAAAACUGCAGCGCGAGCGGGAGGAAAAGCUGGCCAUGCAGCAGGAGCUCCACUUGAACACGGAGCGGGUGAUGGGUAUGCUGGAGCUGGCGCGAGUGGUCAGUGCCAGUGCGGGAACACCCACAUCGGAGGACAGUGGUGAUGGCAGUGGUCAUGACAGUCUACUCAUGCUGGAGUCCCAGAUACAAAUCAGUGGCCAUGAGCUUUUCGAGCGGCAGCAGGAAAUAGGCCAGCUGAGGGCCAUGUGCCGCGCUCUGCAGCUGGAGAUGCGCAGAUCCUUGGCCACGCAACAGUUGCUGCUCCAGGAGAAGGCCGCCAUCGAGCAGGAGUCCAGUGAACUGCAGGACUUCCUGCAGCAUGAGAAGGCAGCUCAGUGCGAUGCCCUGCGGGAACUGGAAGCGGAUUAUCAAGCCGUGAAAUCGCAGUUGGCCAAUCGCGAGGAGGAGGCAAAGGUGCUGCGGGAUGAAUGCAGACAUCUAGUGCGACUCAAUGAGCAGCGGCGCCAGGAGAACCGUCUGCUUCAGACCAAGUUCACUGCCUUGGAGAACAAAUCGAGGGAGCUCAUCCACCAGCAGAAUGCCUCUGUGGCCGGCGCAUCCACUGCCCUCUCGGGACUACACUCCCGUUUGGAUGGUCUGGUGGAACAGCUCGUCUACUCCUACAGUAUUUCCGAGCAGGACUUGGAGGACAUUCGUUUCCAGGCAGAAUCGGAGCACGUCCACAACGGACAAAGGCCCAAUGGCCUGGACCUGCCCAUUUGUCCGGCAGCUAGUGGCGAUGCCAUUCACACUCUGGUCCUGGCUAGCGAUGGUUCCUUAUCCCCGCAGCGCAAUCAGUCCUUCAUAGCCGCUGUCAUCGGUGCCAUUCGUCAAGCCACCACCCAUUCCGGUAAGCGUUUGUCUCUUCGACAGGCGGGAAAAAAGAAUGGAGUAGGAUUAGGAUCAGGAUCAGCUCCCGCGGUUACUGCAGGAACACAGGGUCAUGAGCCCCAGGGAAAUGGAGAUGAUUCCGAUUCAACGGAAAUGCUGGACUCUGAGACGGAACCCUGCCUGCUGAUGAUGGACAACGUGUUGGAGGAUGUGGUACACCCGGAUUCGCAUUCGCACAACAUGGUCUCCUCCUGCACGGGGAUGAUCUCCCAAAUAGAGCUGCCCACGGAAUUGAUUAGUCAAUGUAGCCAUCCAAACAAUAUUAAUGGGGGAGAUGACUCCCUGCAACAAUUAUCCCAGGCCAUCACCAAUCGCCAGCAAAUGGAGCUGCACAUGCACAAGAUCAAUGGCAUGCCCAUGAAUCCUCGCGAUCAAUGCAACACGGAGGAGCUGAGUUGCCACGAUUCACUGGCGGAGCUGACGGAAUUGCCCUCACUAAUGGAGUACAGCACCGCGCAGGCUGUGGUGGACCAGGUGAUCGAAGUGGAUACCUUGGUGACCAAAUUGCUCAAGGUCCUGCGACUGGUUCAGCUGGACAACGACAAUUGCAUACAGCAAUUGAUAGUAGAUAAGAACAAACUGCAGCAGCACAAGGAGGACAUGCUGGAGAAACUAAAAGACUUGGAGGACGUUAACCUGAAGCUGCAGGACGAACUCAUGGAUGCCACCCAGGAGCUGAUGAUCAAGGGCAGCGACCUGAGUGGCGCCAAGGCCGAAAUGCAGCGCCAUCGCAACGAGAUCGACCGCCUCAACGAGGACAUCUGCACACUGAGCACACUCUGCAGCAGCUACAAGAAGCUGUCGCCCACCACCGAGUUCCCGCCCAUGCGCCUGCUCUCACCCAACCAGGACUCCGACCAGGGCGAUGUCCUCGGAAUUCUAAAUCUGCUCAAAAUGUGGCAGGCGGGUGGGCAGCUGAAAGACCCACGGGUCCGUGGAUACCUUGAAAUAGCCAAUGGUAGUCAGGUCCAAACCCCUCAUCAGGAUAACAACAAUGUGGAACGCCUUAGGAUCUAUGCCAAUCAACUGGAGCACGUCUCCCGCGUCCUGGACGAUGCGUUGCCCACGGAGUUGCAUGCUCCGCUCCAGCAACUGCGCCAGGACAUCGAGGUGGUCAGGACGAAUGCCAACUGGACGCAGCUGCUUGAAUCAAACGAAACGGAUCACAAUGCCAACGGCGAUGUGGCCACGCCUUGAAUUGUGUCAAAAACUGUUGUUAAUUGUCUAGUUAACUAUUAGAUCUUGAGCGUUGUUUACUUUUACGUAGUUAGUUACAAAUGUUUGCGUCCAACUUGAAAGGCAUCGAUUGCGGCUCUAAAUGUUUUAACCACGUCCAAAUAAUAUUUAAAAGAACUCAUUCCAUUCCAUACUGCAACUAGACUUUUGAAAGCCACUGUGUAAGUGCUCUGGAAUUCCAUUUGAGUUGGUUUUGCAUUUAGCUAGUAUAGCAUACCCUGCAGCAUUUGGACUUUCAAUGCUGCAUACUUUUCAUCUGAAAAUAUAGUUCUCAAGCCCCUGGGUUACCAAGUAUUCGGAUUCAAGUAUUAUGCAAAUUUUUAGAACUAAAUUAUUCCUAGAGUUAGGUUCAACUUUGUUGAGUAGCACUUCAAACUAAAAAGCUCCA